UUCUCGGAUGUCUUGACUCACAUUGUGACACUGGCUGAAGACACUGUGGCAGUGGCCCUCAGAUCUGAUGGCUCAGGGAACUUGGUUCCAACUGUUAGGCACCGGCUGUUGUAAGUUCUUCCUAGGACUUGCUGCUGUUUCCAAGAUAUCUUCCUGGAAAACGCAACUCACUACUGGUUGGACUGGCAGAAAGGAUCUGGUGGUGAGGAGCCAAACCAGCACCCAAGACCAUGAACUUGUCCUCUGAGCACUGCAACAUAUCUGACUGGCUGAGACUAGAGGCAACCGUGAAGGCCUCUGUGUACGUGGUGGCUUUCUCCAUCGCCACAUCCAUCACCAUUGUCAUUAUUGUGAUAGUGUCACAGAAUCUGCAGCUGAGGAAAGAGGUCCGACUUGUCCUCCUUUGCCACCACCUGCUAUGUAUCUCUUCCUACUGUGGCCUGGGGGUUGUCUUCCAAGGAAUGCGAGCCUUGCUGGCCAACAGCUCCCUGCUGCUGUGCUGGCUGGUAUUUGGGGCUCAGCUAAGUGUGGGAGAAGGGAUCCUCCUUACUCUGGCCUUGAUGGCUCUCAACACUUACCUUGCCAUUUGUUAUCCCCUGAACUCUCCGUCCUUUGUAGAUUCUGCCAAGUACAGGAUUCUGGCUGGGUCCUGGACCACUGUUAUACUCAAGAAUGUUGGCUUAUUCCUCAUAGAGGGCACUAACCCUACCCCAGCCUCUGUUUUCCAGUCUGCCCCACUCUGUCCUGUGAUCCUGAAUGGUACACCUGCCAGAGUCAUCGGCAUGUUUUUCCUUGCCCUUCCUUUAUCUGUCAUUCUUGUGAGUUACUAUCUGAUAUACCGAGAAGGGAAGCGGGCUGGCCAUUUUAACAGAUCAAACAUCAAGGCCAGGAGAACUGUCCUCGUUCAUCUACUGCAGAUCAGCUUACACGUGAUACCCUCCCUAAUGUUUGUAGGUCUGGGAAAGCGGUGUGGAGCAUUUUUCUUUGCUUUAAAUCUGGUGCUUUUUGGUGUCUUCGUCUUCGCACAGUGUUUCAACCCUUUGGUCUAUGGACUAUGCAGCAGAGACCUGCAGAGAAGAUUGUACCCUUGGCUGCGCUGUCAGAGGAGGCAGCAGGGGGCUGGCCUAAACAGAACUUUAGUUCUUCAGAGGAACUCCAGACUUGGUAGGUGUGUCAGCUAGGGCUGAGAACUCGCCUUGUGUUCAACCCAAAACUGUUGCUUUGAUUUGAUUUUGAAAGUACUGAGACUUCUCUGCUGCACCUCGGUGAGGUCAGCUAGUGCCUUUAACUCUAAACCCAGAAGAGCACUUCUGACGCCUGCUUUGCUGUGCCGGAGUGUGAUAGAUGAAAGGGCCAAAUACAGAAGUCACAUGAUAAUGAAGUCACUGGAGAGGCUGGAGGAAACAGAAGUCAGGGACCCCACUAGGCCAAGUAGCUGUAUGCUCUGGGCACUCACAUCUUAACUUUGUCUGCCAGGAGAAAGAGCAACAAGAUGUUUUUACCUCCACCUAUAUUCUAUAUGACACAUACUCUCCUGUAAUUGAUGGAACCUAACUGGUCACUGAGACCCAAAAGCAAAGGAGUCUGGGAAACGUAGUUCUUAGUUUUACUGAUUUGGCAGUAUGGGAAGUUACCUCACAAGGGAGAGUGAGUGAGGACUGAAUGAGCCAACCUAGGGAUCCUCUAUUACUAAACUUAGUUUUAUUUACAGAUUAUACUAAUAACAGAAACAAAAGACUCUAUUGGGCAUUAUGUUCCUCACACUAUACAAGCCAUUUUACACUAUGUCAAAUCCUCACAACUAACUGGGUCUAUGGAGGGUCCAGCCCCUCAAUAGCCCUCUUAUGGGUCCAGGAAGAAUCUACGACCAGCUGAUAAUCUAAUCUUUGAUGAUAUUAAACUAAUCUAUGUACACGAAACUCUUUAGUUCAUAUGCUUUAUUUUUCUGAGUUAGUUUUCUCUCUACACAGCUUCUUUUCUGUUCUUAUACUUAGCUCCUCUCUGUCCCUUCUCUUCCUGUCCUCUCACAACUCUAACUCUUUUCCAUCUCUGUCCUCAUCUUCAUCCUCGUUCUUCUCCAUUGUGGUUCCUUCCUGUUCCUCUCUUGGGACUGGUCUCUCCCUUACCAGCAGCCUGACUCUUCUAAUUCAGUGCAAAGCUUCCAAGGUCCUUACAAGAGCGGUGAUAGCCAGCUUCAUUUGCAACCCAAAAGGGGAGUGAAUAGAGGAGGUAGGGUUAGAUAAGGCCUAUAAUAAUUCAGAAAGGGAAUUUAUGUGCUCAAAAUAUAGUCUUAUAAGUGGUUAGGUGAAAUGUUACCAGCCUAUCAUAAAUGUGCUCAAACUACAAUCUUAUAGGUGGUUAGGUAAAGGAGUCUAUAAGUCACUAAAGUAAAACUGCCUCCAUUUUCCUAUGCUGCCAUAUACUGGCAGGGCAGGUGACUCUGCUCAGAGCUAGGAAACCUGCUGCAUAGCUACAUUGCACCUGGUAUGCAAAAAACCCUUUUGUUCAGAGUCAAUUGCUCUGGAAUGCCUCUUGGGCUGUGAAAGAAAGGAGGGUCUGAGCUUCAUUUGCACAAGAAACAAAGCUAUGUCUAGGAGACAGGCAGUGUCUCUGUAAGGGUGUUUACCUUAAUUCAGGAGACAGCAGUUGGUCUGUUUGCCAUUUUGGCCUAGGAUGCUUGAGAAGAAUUUCAGGUAAAAUACCCCUUAAAAGUUCUUGGGGCCUGGCGGUGGUGGCGCACGCCUUUAAUCCCAGCACUCGGGAGGCAGAGGCAGGUGGAUCUCUGUGAGUUCGAGGCCAGCCUGGUCUACAGAGUGAGUUCCAGGAUAGGCUCCAAAGCUAGACAGAGAAACAAAACAAAACAAAACAAAAAGUUCUUGGGGAAGUUAUGAACACACAUGAAAUUGAUAGCAGAAGACAGAUGAUAUAUUAAAAGCCAAAUAACACCAAAUAUUCCUUGAUAUUUGGCUUCUCCCCCAGAAGGAUUCCUUGAUCCUUCUAGGUAUAGCUUUAUCAUAUACAGCUGAAUCUCUAUUUCAUAUUCCUGUGGCCUGUAGCACACAACAAUUUUGUAAUGUAGACAUAAUAAUUCUUGAUUUACAAAUGAGAAAAAUGGAGGUUGAGAAAAGACUUAUGUAAGCCUAGAAGGUUCUAAAUCUUGCAAUUCUCAUAACAUUUUCUGCAUAUGUAUUUUGGCACAGGUAAUCACUUCUCUUAAAAAAUUGAGAAGAACUAUGUGUGUGUGUGUGUGUGUGUGUGUGUGUGUGUGUGUGUGUGUGUGUGUGUGUGUAGGUCAGAGGACAAUUGUUAAAAGUUAGUUCUUUCUUCCACUACUAUGUAGGUUCCUCUUUGUGGUAAUCAGGCUUUUGAGACAAAUGGUUUACCUGCUGAGCCAUCUUGACAGCCCAACAUUUUCAUUUUUGAAAGCCUGAACCAAUUGCUUGAGACAGUCAGGCCUUGACUCUCUACUUUGGUUUGGGUCUGGACACCUUCUAUGGAGAAGACCCUCUUUCCUAUCCAUCAUGUUGACUAUGCUCUACAGUCCCGAGGCCAUUCUUAUUUUCAGAUUCUAGGGCUUCUGUCUACACUCUUCCUUGGUUUCAGGUUCUCCUCUCCCCUCCUCCACCUUCUCCUCUCAGUUUGAGAGAUGGAGUACUUGGACACACCAGGCAGAUACUCUACCACUGAACUACACCCCAGUCCUCAGUGGCUCAUCUCCUCUCUAGGUGUUUAGACUAAGUUUGCCCCUUUUCCCAGUCCCAGUGCUAAGAAACAAAAGCUUUACCAUUUUUUCCAGGGCAGCCUCUAGAUCUUAUUUCUUUUUCCCCUUAGUACCUAGCAUAGUGUCUGGUAGACUUCAGGCACUCAGAUGAUGAAACAGAACCACUCACCAGGAAGAUAUGCCUUUCUACAAACUUUUUUUUUUCCUUUUUGUUUUUUGAGACAGGAUUUCUCUGUAUAGCCCUGGCUGUCCUGAAACUUGCUCUGUAGACCAGGCUGGCCUCAAACUCAGAGAUCUGCCUGCUUCUGCCUCCAAAGUGGGUGUCUUUCUACAAACCCUUACACCACAAAAGCCAGGCUCUUUUCAUUGACAUAUUAAGCACUUUGAGAAGAAAGAAUCUUUUAGGGCUGGAGAAAUGGCUCAGCAGUUAAGAGUACAUAAUGAUCUUGCAGAAGAACCAUGGAUUCAGUUCCCAGCACUCACAUUAAGCAACUCAUAAACUCCUGUAACCAGUUCCAGAGGACCUGACACCCUCUUCUGGACUCCAUAGGCACCUCACUCACAGGUGCACAUAACGUCUCACAGACGCACACAUAUAACCAUAAUUAAAAAUAAUAAAAAUAGGUCAGCCUUGAAAUCAUGUAGACAAAACAACAAAAACAGACUCACAAAGCUGUAUCUCUAUAUAUUUGUGCAUACAUAUAUAUGUACGUAUGUAUGUAUGUGUAUUAGUCAGUAUUCUAUUGCUGUGAAGAGACACUAUGAUCAUGGCAAGUCUUAAAAAGAAAAGCAUUUAAAUGGGGCUGUCUUACAAUUCAGAGGUUUAGUCCAUUUAGUCCAUUAUCAGCAUGGCAGGGAGCAUGGCAGCCGGCAGGCAGACAAGGUGUUGGAGAAGGAGCUGAGAGUUCUACAUCUGGAUCCUCAGGCAGCAGGAAGAGAAAAAGAUACUGGGCCUGGCUUGAGCAUUUGAAACCCCAAAGCCCAUCCCCAGUGACACAUUUCCUCUAACAAGGCCAUACCUACUUCAACAAGGCCACAAGUCCUAAUCCCUGUCAAGUAGUGCCAGUCUCUAAUGACCAAGCAUUCAAACACGUGAGUCUAUGGGGGCCAUUCCUGUUCAAACCACCAUAGUAUGUAACAACAAUAAUAAAAAAAAUGCAUUUAUCAACUUGAAAUGGGGGACGUGGGUGGGUUUAAGGGAGGGUAGCUGUGAGGGCUGGAGGAAGGAAGGCAGGGGAAGUGAUGUGAUUCUAUUUAAAUUAAAAACAUUAAAAAUAAUAAUACAGGGCAGGGGGAGAAAGAUUGUAAGAGCCAGAGGAACAGGGAGUUUGCUGUGUGCUUGUAUCUCCCGGGAAUGUCAGAAGUCCCAUUUUACCAACAUGACUGCCAAAAUGUGAGCUGAGCAAGGAAGGACAUUUGGCAUGCUAACAUGCACAGGCAAAGCCAGGAGGCUUCAACCCCACACAAAGAAUUACAGGCAACUAAGGAUGCUGAGAGCAGGAAGAGUACACCAAAUGGUUAUCUAAAUCCAAACGAUCAACCUGAAAAUAGACAUAGAUAAUUAACAUUUUAUGUGAACUUGAAAAGGAGCAAAGACGGGUAUAUGGGAGAGGUUAGAGGGAGGAAAGGGAAGGGGGAAAUGAUGCAAUUAUAUUAUAAUCUCAAAAAUAAUUUAAAAAAAAAACAAAUAUUUUUUAAAAGUCUCUCUCUUUUUUUAUCCAGAAAGUCAAAGAACAAAUGUUGACCCCACUUAACUCAAUUGUACCUCUUAUAUCUAAUGACUUUUGCUUGUAACAUUAGUUGGUAGUUUUGUACUUCAAAUGCAAAUUUAAUAUUUUUCAAAUUAGGAAUAUAUGGUAUAAAAUUUAAAAAGUUGACAAUGAUAUGGGUGGAAAUACAUCUCCUCCCCUCUUGUGCCUUGAAAGAAAAUGGCACAAAGGGAGUGGCACUAUUAGGGGUGUGGCCUUGUUGAAGGAAGUGUGUCACUGUGGAGGCAGGGUUUGGAGUCUCAUAUAUGCUCAAGCCAUGCUCAGUGUCUCAGACCACUUCCUAUUGCCCGUGAGUCAAGAUGCAAGAACUCUCAGCUCCUUCUCUAGCACCAUGUUUUCCUGCAUGCUGCCUUGUUUCCUACCAUAACGAUAACAGACUAAAUCUCUGAACUGUAAGCAAGCCAUUAAGCAGCUCCCUUCCAUGGCUUCGGCAUCAGCUCCAGCCUCUAGCAUCCAGCCCUGCUUGAAUUUCUGUUCUGAUUUUCUCUAGUGAUGGACUAUGUUCUGGAAGUAUAAGCCAAAUAAACCCUUUCCUCCCCAAUUUGCUUUUUGGUCAUGGUGUUUCGUUGCAACAAUAGAAACCCUAAGACAUCCCCAUUUGCCCAGCUUAUUGAUUCUCUUCUCUAAGUCAAUCACUCAUGAUAUUUGUGUGUGGUUUCCUCAAGAGAUGAUCUAUAGAGAGCAGACUACUGGUAAUUUCUCAUUCAUAAGGUAUUUUUUUUCCUAUUUCAUUUCAUUUUAUUUUUGGUUUCCUUUUGAGAUGAAGUAUCACUAUGUAGCCUUGGCUGGUCUAGAACUUGCUGUGUAAAUCAGGAUGGCCUUGAGUUCAUAAAUACCCAACUGCAUUUGCUUCCCCAGUGCUGGGAUUAAAGAUAUAUGCCACCAUGCCUCAAUUGUUUAGAUGAUUUAAGUCUUGAUAACAUGGGUUUGCAUCAGAAAGAUGUUGUUACCUUGGUGAUUAUAAUGAGUAACUGUAGCUUGAGUUUUCCUGCCUGGCCCACAGUCAGGACAAAUCUCUAUCACCUGCCAGUCCCACAGCCGCUCAAACCCAACCAAGUAAAUACAGAGACUUAUAUUGGUUACAAACUGUAUGGCCAUGGCAGGCUUCUUGCUAACUGUUCUUACAGCUUAAAUUAAUUCAUUUCCAUUAAUCUAUACCUUGCCACGUGGCUCGUGGCUUACCGGCGUCUUCACAUGCUGUUUCUCAUCGUGGCAGCUGGCAGUGUCUCUCUGACUCAGCCUUCCACUUCCCAGUUUUUUCUCCUCCUUGUCCCGCCUACACUUCCUGCCUAGCCAAUGGCCAAUCAGUGUUUUAUUUAUUGACUAAUUAGCAACACAUUUGCCAUACAGAACAUCCCACAACAAGUAACAGGUUGUGACAAGGGCCAGGAUCAAUUUUAGGAUGUGAAAUUCUGAGCCAGGCACAGUGGUGCAUGCCUUUAAUCCCAGCACUCAGGAGGCAGAAGCAGGCCAUCUCUGAGAUCAAGACCAGCCUGGUCCACAGAGCUAGUUGCUUUGUACCCCAAAUUCAAGCUUGGGUAAGAUGCAAAGGAACGAGAAGGGAGGAAGUGGUGGUUAAAGUCACUUG